AUGUUUGGAACCUCUUUGCGCUUGGCUCGGACAUUACCGUCGAGGGCGAGUGCUCUCGUCCGCCCCCAUGUGCUGUCACUUCAUCGAUCGGUCGUGGUCGCGUCGUGUGAGUGAUGUCGAAUCGAUCGUCGUCGGCGACUCGCGGAGCUUCGCAGCCGGGCGCAGCCAGCUAGCGAGCAGGCAGGCACGAGCCUCGGAUCCGGUUUGCUGACCUUGUGUUCUGCGCGCAUGUAACAGUCGCCCGGUCGUUGACGACAACACCAUCAUCGGGUUAUGCUCAGACCGCGUCGGGUAGGGUCGGUGGACGCGUCUCCACGUCCGGUUCGAGAGCCGUGUACGACGACACACCGGUGGCGAUCGAGGACGACAGCGCCGAGGUGGAUGCCGAUGCCGAACAACGAUCGGCCGCCACGUUCGCUUCCAUCAAGGACACUUUACAUGCCCCCAUCUUCAAGGCCAUCACACAAAGGUGAGCCACCAGUCGGGGCCAGCUUCGAAAUGAGGAGUUCAGCCGAUCCCCCCCCCAGAAUGGGCCGAACCGGCUGACCUAUAAACUCAUUCGAACACAGGCCUUUCAGAUACGAGACCAUGAGUGAGGUCCAAGAAGCUGUACUGGCUCUCUUGCCUAGGCUGUCGAAUCCUCCCCUCCCGACCACCUCCCAAGACGGCGCCUCAGAGUCGAUCGAGCAGGCUCAGGAUUUGCUCGUCCGAGCCAAGACCGGAACGGGAAAGACGCUCGCGUUCCUUAUCCCCGCCCUCGAAGGACGACUGCGCCAACUCGAGGCAUACAAGGUGCAGUGGAAGCGUGACAACCCCGAUGCGCCCAAGGCGCAGGCCGAACGAGCCUUCAACAAGUACGCCAAAUCGUCGGUUGGAGCUUUGAUCCUCUCGCCGACGAGGGAGCUCGCGACCCAGAUCGCGACCGAGGCCUCCGCUUUGACGAGCCACCUCCCCGACAUGGGUGUACGACUCUUUGUCGGAGGAGCUUCCAAGAGUUUGCAGUACCGCGAUUGGGUCAGGAGCUCGAGCAACGAUAUCGUCGUCGCCACCCCUGGUCGAAUUCUGGACUUCCUCUCGUCCGAAGAGAACAUCCGCGCGCCCUUGUCCUUAGCAAGGAUGCUCAUUCUCGAUGAGGCCGACACAUUGCUCGACAUGGGUUUCGCGGACGCGCUUGCCGACAUCACCGGAUAUUUGCCCGACAUUGCGCAGCGACAGACGUUCCUCUUCUCCGCGACCGUCUCGAAGCAAAUCAGGGAGGUUGCCCGAAAGAGCAUGAAGCAGGACCACGUCUUUGUCGACACCGUCAAGGCUUCCGAUAUCGAUACCCACCUCCACAUCCCUCAAUACUACACCGUCUUGCCCGACCCCGAGUCUCAGCUCAUACACGUUCUGCGACUGCUCGCUCACGACCAGCUCUUGCACGCUCGCAAGGCCGCAGCCAAUGGCGGAGAGCAGGGCGGCAAGGCCGUCAUCUUCCUUCCCACCACGCGCAUGACCCAGAUGUUCUCCCUCGUCCUGCAAGCCAUGAAGGCUCACUUCCCAUGGGCCCGCGAUACCCACAUUGUCGAGAUCCACUCCAAGAAGGACCAGAAUCAGCGCACGCGAGCGUCGGAUUCGUUCCGCAAGAACAAGACGGGUUAUUCGAUUCUCGUUACGUCCGAUGUGUCGGCACGUGGAGUCGAUUACCCUGGUGUCACGCGCGUCAUCCAGAUCGGUGUUCCCGGCUCGAGGGAUCUUUACAUUCAUCGAGUCGGUAGGACCGGACGUGCAGGAAAGGAGGGACGAGGCGAUAUCGUUCUUUUGCCGUGGGAGGGCAAAUAUGUCUCGAGUCAGCUGAGGGACAUUCCGAUGCAGCACUUCUCGGUCGAGGAUGGGGAAAAGGCGUUGAACGAGGCCGCCGAGGAGUGGGACCAAGAUCCGGCCGAGACCCAGGUCAUCGCUGAGGCCAAUCCUCACGGCGGCUUCACCAAAAGGACGAGCAAGUCGAUCCGGGACCGUCGAGUCGGGUCCGUGCGAGCCCCUCAGAUGUCGUCGCCCGUCGCACCUCGACUUGAAUCGCUCGAAGACUCAUUGAGGACUUCGGUCCUGCCUUCGCUCGACGAGGAGGCGAUCAGGGACGCUUUCUCAUCGAUGCUGGGUUACUACGCGCCCAGGUCCUCGGACUUGCGAGUGACCAAGUCCGAGAUCGUGCAGGGCCUCAAGGAUUGGGCGACCGGAUCGAUGGGUCUCGAACAGGAGCCUUACGUUUCUUCCAUGUUCCUCGCCAAGAUCGGAAUGAGCGACCGAGGAGCCAGCAAGAACCAUUCGAGCGGUGGGUUCGGUAGGAGUCGGGACAACGGCGGCAGUCGCGGCGGGCGACCCUCUUCGUUCGAUGGUUACCGGAGCCAGAAAGACUCGAGGCCGAUGGACAGUCGCAUUAACAGCGCCGGCAAAUACGCCAGCAAGAAGAACCCUCCUCGUGCGCCUCGUGACGGCGCAUACAAGCCUAGAGUGUUCGGCUCAGAAUCGUCGUAUGGAAGUAGGAAACCGUCGUUCGGCUACGGCGGUUCCUCGAGCCCUUACGACAACGACCGAGGCGAUCGCAGGGACAACCGAAGAUCGUCGCCGUCGUCAAGGUAUUGA